UCUCAUUGACAGACGGGGCUUUAUCCAAUCAGACGCACCACAGCUGGCACCACCAACCAAUGGCAUCACUAUGUAUGGCGCCACUCAGUCUCAGCAGAGCCACAUGUGUGACCAAGACCAGUGCAUUCAGAGCACCAAAUUCGUUUUGCAGGCCGCCGCCACACCUCUCCUCCAGCAGCAGAGUAGCGAGCCAGUCAUCCUGACGGCCACCUCUGAAGACGGAGGCUCUCUACCCGGCCGCACCUCCCUCGCCCUGGGCGGCCCGUGCACCUCACUCCCCCUCGGCCAGCCCACGCCUCCGACGUCCACCCCCAGCCUCAGCUGCCACGAGGCCAACGACAUGCUGCCAAUGCACGGACACAGCCACACACACAACCACAGCCACCCCCUCCAGGAGCCGGUGGGCCACCACCACUUUCUUACCCCAGAGGAAGUGCCCUCGCCACCAGGUAUGCUUCCUUGCGGCAGCCCCCUGGGUCACAGCCACACCAUGCAGGCCGGCUUCUACAACCCAGCCAGCCAGGACUCACUACAUGAGGACUCUGUGAGAGGAUUGGUAAAGCUCAGCUCCGUCUGACAAAGGGAUGUAUACCACCUCCUCCCUCCUGAAAACAUGCAUCCAGCCCAUGAAACCCUCCUGUGCCACUUUUGUACCAACUCGCUCUCACCUUGAGUUUGUUUUCCUCUCUCACCUCAGCAGGACUUGAGAACUGAAAAGGGCUGUGGUUUAAAUUCAGCUGCUAGAAACUGAAUGGAAUUUAUAUGAACUGAACUGAAACCAGUUGUCCUCAGCCAAUGUCUUGCCAAAACGUCUGCGCUGCUGGAACUGGGAGAGGAGAUGUUUUCUGGUGUGAUGCCCUGUAUGACAGCUCGGACAUCUGUAUUUGUUUUUUUUAUAUAUUUUUUUUGUUUAACUUCAAGGGAAGCAUAAUCCAUUAGCCCGCGGAUACUGGAAAGGGGAGGGUUUUUUUUCUGUGUGGCGUAGGUCUGAACCAUGUCAAGCGUUUUGACAUUACAUGACAUUUUUUGGUCAAAAUGAUGAAUUUCCAUCAAUGGAUUACAGGUCUGACAGGUUUUUCUUUUGUAAAACAAACAUUAGCCUAUUUGCCUGUUGCUGAUUGGACGGUGUCUUUUGCCUUUUUGUUUUUGUUCUUGGACAUUCUCAGCAGUGCAAUGGUUGAAGUCAUGUUGCAUAUCAUCCUGCUUUUUCUAUGUUUAAAAAAAAAUAAGAGACUGUUGUACUGUACCAUGGUUAUUACAAAUCUUACAAAUUAUUAUAUUUCCCGUGGAUAUUAAUAAAACGCCAACUUUUUAUCAGA